AUAAUGCUACGAAUUAUGCGCACAAUAUUUUUCUCCUGAUUAUCAUUUACCAGGGAUAUUUUUCGCGACUUUAUGUCGCGUCGCGUGAUCCACCGAAAUCGAAAAACAGGGUACAUUCCUUGAGGGACGAGUAAGGGAUGCCCUUCGACCAGUUGUUUUUCUCAUUUCGCGCAAUUACGUUAUUAGUCGCCUCGAAACAGGUUCCUAUAGCUAAACUGUAUCUCAAUCGAGGCACCAAAGAUGAGCAACAUGCUUUUAUUAAUUCAGUAAUGAUUGUAUUGUAAACGGCGAAUGCAGUUGACGAAAGACAGUAGCGAGUUUGUCUCGCUUCUCGCGUCGAUCUCGAUCGUGGUAACAAAAGUACAACAUGAGAUGUGAAAGGAGAAGGAGGAGGAGAGAAGGAGGAACUUUUUAGAUGAGGAUCGUAGAACGAGCGGCUGGAGUAGAACAAGACGAGGCUUGCAGGAAGGGCAUAAUGUGUCGAUAUGGAAUCGUGAAGGAGGGGAUGUCUCGCACGUCCCACGAUACACUACCUUCGCUCUUCUGCAGUUACUAUUCAAGGCAGAGUCGCAGUCAGUCAUUGCGCGAAAGUGCCUUGUAGUCCUUCGGAUCGAAAUUGAUUGUGUCCUUCGUUGAAUUAUCUAGCACUUAGUCUUAAUCUAAGUCGAGAAGAUGAUGGGAGCCUGGAAAACCAUUUUCGUAACUGGAGGCGCUGGUUACAUCGGCAGUCAUUGUAUCGUCGAGCUUCUAGAGUGCGGCUACGACGUGGUGGCUAUAGACAACUUUGCAAACAGCGUAACAGAAACCGACGGCGAGUCCGCGGCGCUCAAAAGAGUUGAGCAAAUAACAGGGAAGAAAGUUACGUUUUAUAACUGCGAUUUACUCGACAGAGAGAAGCUUGAGACCGUUUUUAAUCAGCAUAAAAUAGAUUGCGUGAUACAUUUCGCGGCUAUUAAAGCUGUCGGCGAGUCGAUGCAAGUUCCGCUUCAUUAUUAUCGUAAUAAUAUGAUAGGAGCUAUUAAUCUGCUUGAGGUGAUGAAAGCGGCCAGCUGUUUUCAGCUUGUAUUCAGUAGUUCUUGUACGGUUUAUGGCGAACCUACAGAAUUACCCAUCACGGAAGAACAUGAAACCGGUAAUAUCACCAAUGUUUACGGCCGAACAAAGUAUUUUAUUGAAGAGAUGCUCAAGGAUAUAUCCAGAGCUGAAAAGAAUUGGAAUAUUAUAUCUUUACGAUAUUUCAAUCCGGUGGGUGCUCACCGAUCAGGACUAAUCGGAGAAGAUCCGACAAAACCAUUUACAAAUCUGAUGCCGUAUAUUGCUCAAGUCGCUUUGAGACACAAGCCGGAGUUGGUCAUAUUCGGUGGUGAUUAUCCUACAAAUGACGGGACAGGUGUCCGUGAUUACAUUCAUGUUAUGGAUUUGGCAGCCGGCCACGUGGCGGCAUUAAAUGCUUUGCACAAACAGCACCUUAGGCUAAAGAUUUAUAACUUAGGCACUGGCAAUGGUGUGACCGUAUUGGAAUUAAUAAAAACGUUUGAGAAAGUCACUGGUACUACUGUGCCGUAUAUUAUAAAGGAGAGAAGAGAGGGCGACAUCGUGUCCAUGUACGCUAAUACAGAUUUGGCAAAAAAAGAAUUAGGCUGGACAGCAAAGUACAACGUUGAGCAAAUGUGCCAGGACUUCUGGACGUGGCAAACGAUGAAUCCACAUGGUUAUCGAACUUCAUUAAAAAACGGAACUAUUGAACAUCUGAACAAUACAUCGUAACAACAAAUUGUAUCGAGAAAAUUUUGCAAAUAAUUUAUAAUAAAGGAUCGAUGCAUAUUGUCUCA